GAAACACCAGCAAACAUGGCUGCUUUGAGAAAAAGUAAUGUUGAGAAGCCGUUUUUAUAAGAGAAGGAAAGACGAGCUACAAAAGGUGACAUGGAGGUAGAAGACAGGAGAAGUCCCGCAGAGGUGGAGCCUAACAGGUGUGGACAGCUGGAUGUCCACCUCAGUCCAGAUGAUCCAAGUGAUGAAACCUUUAAAGCCGAAGAGUCAGAUGUGCCUGCUGAUUUGGACUGGUUAGAAGAAUUGUCUGAAGAGGAUGAUGGUGUUGGCGAUGGUGACGGUGACCUUGCGGCCAUGGCUGACGGUUGUAAGAAGAGGAGUUAUGCCGAGACAGCACGGAUGUUCAAGCUGAGACGAAACCUCGACCAGCUGGACUGCUUUCACCGACAGAAGGAGCAUGACGUGCUGAAAGCCAGAGAAAAGCUAAAACUCUGUCAACAGAAUAUUCAAAGUUUGUUGGAGCAGAGGGAUAACUUGGAGAGAGAGAUAGAACAACAGAAAGUAACAGACAACAGCGUGGCUUUGUUUCGACUGCGAGCCCGGCAUAAGCACCUAUGUCAAAAGCUGCAGAGCGAGGAGGAGCUCGAGGGCCACAUCAACAUUGAGCUGAAGCAACUAGAACUGGAGCUGAGUGAGGUGGAAGUUGAGCUUGGCAGAUGCUCCUUGCUCCGGCAGGAGGUGCAGGAAGAGGAGCAGCUCUUCCAGGUUCUUAAAGCCCAGAAGGCAGCAACGAGGCUGCAGCAGGAGAGGGAAGCCAGCCAAAACCUGCAACUCAAGAUGAAGAAUCUGAGGGAUAAACAGGCAGCCAUGCUAAAGAAAGAGGAGACUGAAUGUCAGAGGAAAAUCGAAGAGGGCCGAGCGAGCCGCAAAAUAGCUGCCAAGUACUUGAAACAGACUGUAAAAAGGAUGCAUCAGCAGGAGGCUGAGAGGGAGCGGCAGAACCGGGAGUUACUGGAAAAGAGGUUACAGGCUGUAAAGUCAUUGAAAACUAACAUAGAAGCAACCCAAGAGAAUUUACAGGUCCAGCAAAGCAGAGCCAGAGCUAACGCCCUGAAGAAAGAGCAGCUACAAAGACAACUGAGAGAAUCCCUGCAGGCCCAAGGAAUCAACAGUAUCAAACAUAUGUACCAGCAGAAACAACAGCAGGAAACAAAACGUAAAGAAGGGGAAUUUGAGGAGAGCCAGAAGUCAAAAAGAGUGGAGAUUGUUUCAAAAAUCCUUCAGGAAGAACAGCUGACGAAUAGGAGACAGAGGAAGCCAGCACUGCUACUGGCCAAACCCUCAGCCACUGAGAAGUUUCUAUCUCUGAGGAGGGCAAGUGAGAAGAUCCCGUACUACCUGGAUCCUGUUCCCCCAUCAGCUGCUGAGGAGAGAGCCACAAUCUUCAGAGAUUUCAGUGACACCAGCAGCUCCUCGUCAUCCUCAGCUUGCUCUGAUGUUGAGGACCUAGAGGGAACUGAGGAAAGCGAGGAGAAAGUGAAUCACCAGAUCCCUACUGACAGCCUGGCUGAGCCUGAAUUCUCCGGGCUGUGGGACCAAAACAUCAAGAAGAUCCCCAAUGAGAAUGCUACACUGGUGCAAACACAACUGAGGCAAGAAGAACCUCCAAUAGCGAGUGGAAAGCUCAAUAUGACUGCUAAAAGAAAUCGUGGAAAAGAGUUAAAAGGGCCCCCAUUCAUUAGUAAACCAGAGGUCAUCCUCUUCAAGGACUUUGAUGUGGGAAAAAUGUACAAGAAGAAAAUUGUCCUGACUAAUAUCAGCUACGCAGUUAUUAACUGCAAGUUUCUCGGGGUCUCCCCUCACUUGAAGAACUUUUUCACCGUCAACUUCCAGCCUCCUACUUUGUUAUCCACCGGGAUGUCAUUUGACAUGCAGGCCAUUUUCCAGCCAAUGAUCAACGAGGACUUGGAAGGAGAGCUCCAGUUUGCAUCAGCUCUGGGUCCCUUCUUUGUGCCCAUCAGAUGCACUGUAAAGAAAUGUAUUCUGGAGGUUGACAGCCAGUUCAUUGACUUUGGUUCGCACGUCGUGGGCCAGACUAUUUCACGGACCAUCACACUGACCAACAAGGGUGCACUGGCCACGCAUUUCAGCCUGGACAGCUCCACAUGUCUCAGUCCAGAAACGAGCUACGUCCAGAUGCCACCACAGGUCUCUGCCAACACAUACGAGGCAUCCAGUCAAAACACAGCAACUAACAACCAAAACAGCCCUGAAUCCAUUGAUGCUGAAGAUGUCCAAUCAAAGCUACAGAGUCAGGAGCUCUCUGCAGGAGAACAGCAAGAACAAUCAGUGUCAGAGGGUGCGAAAACUGUUCCUGAGGCUUGUCUUUCAUCUGAUUUGGACAAUCAGACAGACCAGACCCCCUCAGACUCCAGUGACAUAAAACUAAGAGAUGUGCGCGGGGGAGAGAUCGGGCCAUUUGAAAGUGUCAAACUGGAAAUUAUUUUCACCCCAACCAUUCCAGGAGAGACCAGACUGGACUUCUCCAUCAAAUUCUCUGAUAAAACCAGCAAACCAAUACCCAUCCAUGUGAGAGGUGUGGCAGUCAGCAUGCCUGUAUGGGUACUUCAGCCCAGCAUUGACCUAAAGAUCUGCAUGUUUGACCGCCUUUAUCAGGACACCAUCAUGGUCCAAAGCAGAGCCAGCACAGCUUUGAAACUGACCUUUGAGGUAUGUCAGGACAUGAGGAAGCACAUGGAGAUCUUACCAAAGACCGGCUUCAUCCAGGCUCAAUCAAGCUUUAGUGCCCAACUGAAGUUCAUCCCGAGACGCUCCUUGCCCAAAGAUGCAAAGAAGUUUUUUGACAGUGACACAGGAGUCCUGGAGGUUCCAAUGACAGUGCAAGUAGCAGGCCAGGUGCAGCCUGCCCAUUUCACGGUCCAUGCCAUUGUGACCUCCUCAGACCUGCAGUUUGACCACAGCGAGGUGGACUUUGGCUACUGUUCCAUUUACCAGUCAGUCAAGAGCAGCAUUCACCUCACCAAUCUGUCCCUCUUGCCCCAAGACUUUGGCUUCUUGGGUGUGCCUGAGUUUAUUGAGGUUCAGCCCAAUGAUGGAUUUGGUACUCUGCUCCCACAAGAAACCCUGGAGGUUGAUCUGAUUUUUAGUGCCCAAACUGCCAAAGAGUACCGCUUUCAGCUCAGCUGCAAGUCUGGAAUUAACAGAGAUUUUCUGCUGUCUUGCCGAGCAGUGGGUGUCCACCCACCACUGGAGCUCUCCCAUUUUCUGGUUCAGUUUGGAGCCACAGCAGUAGGUGACCAGUCCACUGCCAUGCUGUUCCUGAGCAACCAUCAAACGGGCCGUGACCAAAAUAGACAACCAGUCUCUCCAGGGGUCAAGGCGCCUGUAAUGCCCCGUUUGUUCUCCUUCGCCCUGCCAGAGGACUCGGACAUCGGCAUCAGUCCGUCUGCAGGACGCCUUCUUCCAGGAGAGAGAUGUCUUGUCCAGGUAACGUUCAAACCCAGACUGUUAGACCAGGAGAUCAAAGAAGAGGCGCUGCGUCGUCUUCAUCGAGCCAAGUUGCUCUAUGAGAGUGAGCUGGAGGGAAACAGACUGGCUGAACAGGAGGCAAAACCGGAGAUCCCACUGGAAGCUAGUAAGGGGAAAAAGGCGUCUGUGAAUCCAAAAAACAGCAAGGUGUCCAAUGAAGCAGAGAAAGGAAAGCAAAGUGAAUCACCACAUCCUGGCAACAUAGUACCAGGGUCAAGUUGGUAUGAGGAGGCCAAGGCCUCUCUGUUAUACUCCUUCAGGGAACGUUAUAGAGAGUACACCAUUCCCUGCUUUGUGUCAGAUGGCGACCCUCCAGAGGACGACAAACUGGUCCAGCCAGCAUGGAGUCCCUUCAAUACGCUGUACUUGAAGCUUCAGUGUCCUGCUGUACAACCCCCUCUAGUGGUGAUAUCCAACAAUGGCUGCAAUAUCAUAGACUUCCAUCAGGUGACAGUGGGAGACCGAGUGAUUAAAAGGUUUACAGUUCAGAACAUUUCACAGGAAUCUGUGGAUCUGAGCUCGUCGGUGUUGGACGUAUAUGGUCCCUUUUCCCUGCUCAAUGCUCUCAGAUCCAUAAGACCUGGAGAAAAACACACUCUGAUUCUCGCCUUCAGUCCAACUUUGGAAAAAAAGUACUGUGACAUGCUGGAGGUGCGGUGCCAGAAAAUGACCCUGGAAAUAACUCUGCUCGGGGAGGGAAUAGUCCCUGCUGUCACCUCCUCCCACACUGGAGAUGUUCUUGACUUUGGCUAUGUGCUGGAGAAGGAGACUGCCUCACAAGUCGUGAAGUUGCAGAACAGCUCAGCGGUGGCAGUGAGCUUCAGGGUGAUGCUCGCUAGUCUCUCUCCCUUCAGACCUCAGGGUGGAGCUGACCGGGUGGCCUUUCUGCUAGACAGAUAUGCAAACUCCCAUGUCCACCCUGCUGUGGGGACUCAGAACUACAGUGGGUUGAGCGUGUUCAGUGUGGUGCCAGUAGAGGGCAGCAUUCCUCCAGGGCAGAGCCAAGAAUUCACGGUCACCUUUCGGCCUGACCACCCGUCUGUCAACUACUCUGACAAACUCACCGUAGAGCUCAUGAAUAAGAGUAAAGUGUGUGUGAUGGAGCUGAAGGGUGCAGCCUCUUCACAUAGCAUGUAUCUGUGUGGCGGAGACCUGCUGACAGUGCCUGUUGAAUCCCUGCUCCCCUCAGUCAUAACCAGUGAACCUCAGCUCACAGCAGAGUCAGAGGUGACGGAGAGCCCCACCAUUCCUUUGUUGGUGACCCUGAAGGCCAGGUGUAGCUCAGGUGCCAUCACACCUGCAGUCAGGGAGCUGCAAGUGGGCUGUAUCCACUCCACACAAACCAGUAAGAAGGGUGUUGAGUUUUAUUGGGAUAAUGUGGCAUCCCUGCAGCAGCAGGGCUUUAAUGUGGAGCCCAGCAAAGGAACUGUGGACUCGGGCCAGCGACGCACCAUCAGGAUCACAUGGACACCCCACAUCGGAUACAAACCUUAUGAGGUGGUGGAGAUGUGCGUGCCUCUCACUUUAAAGGCCGACGGGAUGAAUGUUUACAGAGUCACCCUGAUGGCUUUGGUCUCCACGACCGCAGAUUGACCUCUGAAGGACUUGGAUGAUGGCCAGCAGGAAUUUUGCUCACACAUACUCUGACUAACCACAAAUACACAUCAUAUUGUCUGUG